AUGUGGGGAAAGUCAGCAAACACUGCGCGGACAGAGGAGUUCGCUGAAGUAGCAGCUGCGCGGCGAAGCCCCAGGCGAAGGUCGCCGGGAGAGAAAGCUCGGUCAGGAUCCCCGGGCCAAAAUCCCCACCCGGCCAGCGCUCCGGUUUCCAUAGCAGUGGUUUCUCGUCCGGGAGAGAAAGAGGCUCGCUCCGUAGACUGCUCCAGCCCGCCCAUCCCGUCUCCAUGGCGACGACGCGCACGGUCAAAGCAUGGGGGCCCCAGAGGGACAAUACAGCAGAGUCCGCAGCCUCCGGGCUUCGCGCGCGCGCCCUUUCUCCAGGCCCCACCCUGCCUGUGUCUCCCGAGUCACCCGCCGCGCGCAGCCCCAGGUUACCUCCGCGAUCCUCGCGGCGUCCUCCUGCUCCCACUCAUCGUGCUGCCCAAGCUGGCUCUGGUUCCCAAGCAGUCCUGUAGCGUGGAGGACCCGACCACACAGCCAUGUAGGCCUUCGGUCAAAUGGGACCUAGACUCGUCCACGGAUUAUGAGAUCCCAGUCCCGAGUUUCGCCGCCGCAGGCAGCUCAGACUUCCGGCGCGACAAGCUCGAGCGCCGGCAGGAAGUCAGUGCGGGGGGCGGCCCGCAGGUCAUCUUCAUGCCGCCGCGGACCGCGUAUCACCCGGUGCUCUUCAGCUUAAUGAAUUGCAGUGAAGCAGCUGUGAAAAAAGUCUUACCCAAGAGUCAUUUAUCUCAGGUGAUUAUGCGUGACAACCUCCACGCCCAACGAACCUAUGAGUUGCAGGAGAAAGCGUUGGAGAAGGCCAGGAAAAAGACAAGCCAAUGGUAUGAACAUAUGAAAAAAAAGUUUAUCACGGACCAGCUGAGAAAACUGGGGCACUGGAGACAGGAAUCCAUGAAAAUCCAGCCAUACUUGGAUAGCUUGAGGGCAUAUGAAAUCCAGUUGAAACUGCAGUCUUUCAAGAACAAGUAGCCACCCUAGUCAUGCAGAAUGAUCAAUUAGACCUGGAGAGAAGUAGAAAUAAGCAGAUUACACCAUCAUAGACCAAUAAAGCAGUACCACAGAGAGCAGGAACACAA